GAGAGAGAGAGCGAGAGAGAGAGAGAGAGAUAACGAGAGAGUGGGUGGGGGCGAAGCAUAUGCUGUUGGAUGUGGUGCUAGCCUAGCAUCGUCACGGCUUUCAAGAUGCCUCCAGCGAGUGAUGCGUUCUUUUUAGAGCAAUUCCCAAACUGUAAAUGUUUGUCGAAGUAGAAACCCGUCGGCACGAAUCCGGUAUCAGAAAUGGCCGGGAUUAUUAAAAAGCAAAUUCUGAAACAUUUGUCAAGGUUCACCAAGAAUCUGUCCCCAGACAAGAUCAACCUAAGUACCUUGAAGGGGGAGGGGCAGCUGUCCAACCUCGAGCUCGAUGAAGAGGUUCUCCAGAACAUGCUCGACCUACCUACCUGGCUGGCCGUCACACGCGUCUACUGUAACAAAGCCGCCAUCAGGAUACAAUGGACAAAGUUAAAAACAAGCCCCAUCUGCCUGUUCCUGGAUAAGGUGGAAGUAGAAAUGAGGACAUGUGAGGAGCCACGUCCUCCCAAUGGCCCCUCUCCUAUUGCCAUCACAGCAGGCCAGAGCGAGUAUGGCUUUGCGGAGAAAGUGGUGGAGGGCAUGUCUGUUAGAAUCAACUCCAUCACCAUCAAAGUGCAGGCUCGGGCCUUCCAUGCCUCUUUCGAGCUGUGGCAGCUGCAAGGCAACAGCCUCAACCCUAAGUGGCAGCAUGGCGACCUCCGCUCCACCCGCAUCACAGACCCAAAGAGAGGAGAGGUGUUGACGUUCAAGGAAAUUAACUGGCAGACUUUGCGCAUCGAGGCAGACGCCAUCGAGAGUGAUGACCAGGAUUUGGGUAGCACCCCGUUACGGCUCAUCACUAACCAGGGACGCAUUCGCAUAGCUCUAAAACGCAGAAUAAAAGACUGCAACGUGUUGGCCUCCAAGCUGCUUUUUAUUCUGGAUGACUUGUUGUGGGUGCUCACCGACUCUCAGCUCAAAGCCAUCAUCCGCUAUGCCAAGUCCCUCAGUGAGGCCAUGGAGAAAUCGGCUCAGCAGAGGAAGAGCAUAACUGCGGAGUCCCUGCAGACUGCUCCUCCAUCACCUGGGCUUCACAACUUUUGGACAGAGCCAACAUCACCUCCUACUGGCUCAGCAAACAACAUGAGUCAAUAUUUUGAUCACUUUGACGUGAAGGAAUCUUCUUACCACACUUUCAUUUCCCGCUUAGACCUACAUGUAUGCAAUGACAGUUCCUCAGUGCCUGAAGAUGUAGAAGAACCACCGGGUGUGCAAGGCGCAAUGCAGUUGACGUUCAGGAAGUUGGGCUUUGACUACUAUCCUGUUCACAGACCUGCUGAUGGAUGUCGACACUGGGAACGCUACAGCGGAGCUAUGGAAGCUCAGGCCCAGUGGGCAGCGAAACUGCUGCACGAGUACCAGAGGAGGGCCGAGUCCUCUGGGUUUCCUAGUCCACAUACUGAGAGGCCCGAGCCACGCAAUGAUUCACCUGCAAGGACACCUCGAGAUGGAACAACCAGUCCAAAGUCAAAUCUCUCUGACGAAGAACCAGCAGCCAGGAACAACUCUUGUGUGUGUCCUUCAAACUUAACACUGAAGAGGUUGCGGUCAAGCUGUAUGGUGGUCCGGAUGGAUGAUGUUGACAUUCACCAGGUGUCUACAAAGAGCCGUCAAAAGAAGAAAACACAGCCUUUUUUGUCAUGUAAUCGUAAAGCUUUGCAUCUGCCAGAUAAUGUACCAGCAGUUCAUCUGCAAUUUACUGAAUACUACUUUCCUAACAACCCCAGUUUCUCAGUGCCAACCUCGAAUCUGUACGCCCAGGUAAAUGGCCUCCAGCUGUCUGUUGAUCCAAAAAGUGUGUUGUGGAUUAAUUUGUUUUCAAGAGGGCUGCUACACACUCUGGACCAGGUCAAGGCUUUUUACCAUUUGCAAGACGGCAGCAAAGCAGAUGAGCAUGUUGACAUCCGUAUGGAUGCAGCUCAGCUCAAGGUGAUGAUUCCCCUUGAUUCUUCUAUAUUGGACCAUCCAGAGCGUCCUCAGUCCCUUUCUGUUACUGUACCUCAGAUGGCUUUCAGCAACACUCGCCACUGUCCCCAUGGCUCCAGAGCUGACCUCAGCGUUGCCUGUGACACCUUUGCGAGCUGGUCUUUCUUCCAGCCCAAGCCACCCUGUCCUUACCCCAGAGACCGCAGUGCCUUCUGCGCCAUACCAUCCAUCUUCUUCCAGCACUCUGAAGAGAAACCUUCACCAACCGUUACAAAACAAUUAAGAUCCCAAGAUGUCUGGUCACUAAGCUUGUCACGUGUUGCGCUAGGUUUUGAUGGAACUCGAAGACUCCCCAAAGGCAAAACACUCCCUUUUGUGGAACCCUUUGCUAUGUCUAUAUGGAUUUGUCAGCCUGCUGCCUGGUUCAGGGGUUCAUCAUAUUACCCCACCAGCCCUAAUCAGCACCCCUCAGAACAACUUUCCCAUGAAGAUGCUUCACUUGCCGAUGUCCAUGUUAUGGCUCAUGUUAUCACUCCAGUCAAGAUGUGGCUCAACCACUACCAGUAUGUGGCCUUGCUGAGAAUGAAGGAUUCCAUGGCGCGUUUGGGGGUGGAAUUAAGUCGGGAUCUAAAGGAUGUUAAUCAGAGUUGUGACCAAAAGUCAAAACCUGCCACAGUUGGUCUUGCCCUGCUGUUGGACUCUGUGGAGGUGGGUCUUCUCUUACCACCAGCUGGCACAGAGCCUGAGGAAGAGGUCCCCCAUACUCCGGCGACUGACAGCCCCAGUCUCACAGACUCUGACAUCUCACCUUCUCAUCACUGUACAGAUUUGAUCCCUGAGGACAGCGGGUUAGAAAACGGUGUGUCUUCCCUCAGCACGGCCCACACUGCAUUUGAUCAGGAUGAACAACAUGGUAUGGUGGAGGAGGCAUGUGAGGCUGUUGAAGAAGGACUGGAAGGUGAUGCGUUGACCAGCCUUGAGGACACCCCAGUUCUAUCACCUAAGCUCUCACCUGUAAACUCCCACGUCCUCUCCCGAGAGCCUUCCACCUUCAGCCUGGAGGGGGAAAUAACAAGCGCCAUCAAUGUCACCAAAGAUGUGACCAAAGAUGCCAUUAGUGCCUCACUGGACCUAACCAAAGGCGCAUUUUCAAUAACAAGAGACGCCUUUAGCAUAUUGAGUCGUGGGUCUGGGAUGAGCAAACUGUUCAAUCCCCACUCCAAGGAACAAGUCCAACAUCCAGAAGAGUCCUCCCCCUCCCAGUUGGCCACCCUACGACAUCAAAUGAUGAAGCAUUCGCCUUCCCAGCAUUCUUUCGACAGCGCUAUUUUGGAUGGCAGUCUGCCUGAUGAAAGCCUCUCUGUGGGCAGUGACAUCAGCGACAAUUUUGCUGUUCUCAUGGAAUCAGAGUCAUGUGUAGAUUCUGCACGGCUCAGCGUCAAUCCUUCAGGCAACCGAGGCAGCCCUGCUCUUGGUACAGAGGGAGGGUCAUCAGCUGAUCUCAGCAGCUCUUUGUCGUUCAGUACAGAUGAUGCAUCUGCAGAUAUGUCCUCAGUGUUGUUACUAAUUCUGAAUGGAACGUCCUGCACAAUGGAAGUCAAGGGAGAGGACCAAGUUCUUGCUCUUCAAGCCCAGAAUCUAAGCAUGGUACAGAUGGGCAACGUCAGGGUUUUUGACCUGCUGGCUGGUCUCAUUCAAGCUCCUUCCCACAAGCAGAAUGGACACGGUAGCAGGGGCUCUCCUGCUGUGUGUAUGCGAGCAGAAAUGGGUGCAUCUGCAGCCCGACACUCUGAAAUGACCGAGUCUUUGGGUCUGCUGGAUGUAAGAGUGCAAGACUGUCAAGUCGAGCUGUUAACCUCCACCGUAGCGAACAUCGGGCCUUUUCUGGAGGAUGAGUUUAAUGUGGAUGGUCAGCCAAUGAAUGUACACUUGAGCAAUGUAACCAUUAAUAUAAAGGAUGAUAGCCCAAGAAUUUACCCAACAGCUCCUCAGCCAACCUCAGCCACAUUUGUUAUAGAUCAGCUGCUUCUUGAGCGCAGUGAUGAUGGCAUCAUGAGGCUCAAAGCUGAAGUUCUGGACAGUCUAAACUAUUCCUGCUCUGUUCAAAAGCAGAGUGAGAGGCAAACCCUGGAGUCGAAGCUUUCUGAUGCCCAGAUGGCCCUCACACAGGCCCUCUGUGACCGAGAUCGCCUCAUUCUGGAGAUCAAGAAGUAUGAUCCUGAGUUCACGCUCUGAGCCUUUUGACUUUGAACCCUCUGUGUUGAUCAUUGGUCCUGUGGAAGAAUACUGUCAGAAGCCAGCAUUACCCCCUUCCGAGCAAAUCUGGAAGGUCAUUGCAUGAUGACUAAAUUGCUACACUUACUAAAGGGGAACAUGGUCCAAUAACUGGUAGUUUGUUUUAAUAAUAAUAAAGAAAUUAACUUACUGAAAACAAAAGUGAAGGCCCGAAGACCCACAUUUUUCCAAAUACUUUUGAGCCCCUAAUACUGAAGGUGUUUCCUGUCUUGAAAGGCGCGAUACAAAUCUAAUUAAUUAUCAGUUAUUAAAGUCUACACUUUGAUUACAUUGUCUGGCUGAUCAAUUUCAAAUCCAUUGUGGCAGUCUAUAUAGAGGCAGUUUUUGAAUGUUUCACUGUCCAAAUACUUCCAGUUCAAGCCAAGCACAUUACUGGCUGAACUCUUAUCAGACAGUGAAUCGUUUUUUUUUUCCUGCCCACAUUAGCGUGGACAGUGAACUCAUUGUGUGGUUUUAGUAUUUGACAUGCUAGGUUAGAUAUCAUCGGGCUUUCAAUUCUUUCCACUUUAUAGUUUACGGUACAGAUAUUUAAGGUUGAUCAUGUGUCAAAUGUGCACCAAGUGCACAACUUUGUACUGUAGAUUAGAACAUAAUAGCCCCAUAUAUAACAUUAUGUAGCCAAAUAGUGUCACAUAUUGAACACACAUUGUGAAAUGUAAAGAAAACAAGUGUUGUGUGUAUACGUAUGUAUGUAUAAAGAUUGGCAUAUGCAAGUCAGAGUUCACCUUGUUGCCAUCUUAUCAGUUGUUUUUUUCAGUGUUAAGGUUAUGAAAUGUAUUGCAUUUAGAAUUCAGCGCCUUUCCAGUGGCUCCUUUGUAGCUUGCCAGGAAACAAGCUGCUAGUGUUUGUUACCACGGGGCACAGACAGUGACCAGACACCAUACCGGUUUGUUUACUUGCGUGUGCAUGCGAGCAUAAGAUAAACCAUUUUAUGGUUCAGUAUUACGGUACCAUAUGAUUCAAAGAUGUCUUUGUGGUACUACUUAUGCAUGCUCAUGGUGUGACACGUGAAGCACUUUUCUGAACAUUUAAUAUUACUGUGAAAUAGAAUUGACGUAUUAGACCAAACACUUGCAUUUUCUGUUUAAUGCAGAAUAACAACGUAACCAUUCAUCAUAACACUGUACAGUAUGACAUUCAAUACGUGACUUUCUUAAAUGUUGAAAAACUGUAUUCUAUAUUGUCAUAUGUGGUGUGGUAUUUUGCCUUUAGAGGGAAUUCAUUUACUGACCUCUCAGGUCACCUCACUUGUGCAAGGCAGACCUCUUGUGGUUAUAACUCACCAAUGCACUCAUGUCAAUGUUACUCUGUUGCCUUCCAAGCAGAUGAGAUGAGGAAUACUACAUUUCUAAGCAGUAUCACUGAUCAACCAAAAACAGGUGUGGAAUCCAUACGUAGUCCUCUAUUUAUAAGUGAUUAAAUCAAGUCUACCUGCUGUCAAUGUUGUAUAGCAGGCAAUCCAGCACGGAGUUUCAUCUGCUCAUUACUUGACUAGCUCCACAUCUUUGCACCUCAAAGCAAGUGUGUGAUGCAGAAACAGGAUGGCCAGUAAAGCAAAGCCUGUUGUUUUUUUCUCUCUCUCUCUCUCUAAUGCAUGAACUUAAGUGUUAUGGUGUUGUUUUAUUUGCACUUGUGUGAGUGAAGUCACUGGAAUUAUCACUCAUUUUUACAUAAACUAAUGUUGACAGGUGAGGCCUUGUAAGAUCUUACUAUGAUACAAGUGUUUUGAACCCCGUGGACAGUACUUGUGUAGAAUAUUGCAUUUUAUGUCUUUAUCACUUAAGACUAAUAUGAAAUUGGUUCUGUGAACCAGUAGUGAGUGAAGUAUUUUAACAGAAUAAAUGAGCACUUGCUAUAGACAUUUAAA